AAAGAAUGAACACAAAGUCAAUUGAAUAGUGUGAAAGGAUGAAUUGGUAGCAAAGAAAGCAACAUUCUGGCUUACAUAAAUCAUUGAGAACAUAUUGAUGUAAGUUUAUAUAGCACUGACUUCACACUAAAAUAAGAUACAGAAAGAACAAAGUGGUAUACAAAGGAAUUAGGAAAGUCAAUACUAUUAUAUAACAUGACAGAUAUCUGAUACAUAUCAACAUCUUCCUAUAUACUCAGUUUAUGAUGCAUUUGCUGUUUUUACAAGGCACUUAAUGAUGACAAAGAGUUCCAGGAAGAAUGUAACUUCUAUGGGUUCAAAAAAUGUGGAGAAUUAACUGGCUUUAAGUGUGUUACAUAGUCCUGCAUACAAGCCUGAAAACAUUUUUUAAUAUUUUGACUGAGCUGCCUUUUAAAUAAGCUCACAUCUGAGCACUCUUUUCGGAAAAUAACUGGCUAAAAAUGCUGCAUAGUCCUGGAUACGAGCCUGACAGUGACUGAUCUGCCUUAUAAAUUAGGUCACAUCUGGGCACUCUUCUAGGCUUAUAUACAAGACUAGUGCAAACUAAAAUAGCAUUGCAAGCAACUAUGAAUACCCUGAGUCUCAGUGCCUAGUACAUCAGAUGAAGCUCUCUUUUAAGCGAGGAAAUCAAUACAGAAAGCAUACAUCUGGAUUAUCAAUUAAAAAGUUUGAUGGAUGCUUCAGAAAGUAAAAAUACAGAAAACAACCUCUUGAACAUAACCUCAGAACUAUGUGAAGACCACACACAGCAUGUAAUAUCUGAUGACACAAAUUCGGAUAUUACAACUAAAUACAGCAGAAAACAUGACAAGAACCAACAGGACUUAACUUUCCAUGACAAGAAACAUUAUUUAAGAAUCACUAAACUGUUAAUUCAAGCUGAUUUCACCAAAACAAAAUUAGUUUAAAAAUGGCAAAGGAGGGAACACCUAUGGUGUUUAACAUAGACAGGACAUUAUUUGUUAAUGACACGCUAUGUGCUUUUGACGAUACGCUUCUUGAACAUGACAGACUUCAACCUGAUCAUCGCAUCUCCUGGUACGAUAAUAUUUCACCGGAUGACGCAGUAACAAACGCUGUGCCAAGUGAAAAGGAACAGGAUCGAAUAGAUAGUAUCUCUUACAUGUUCAAUUGCAAACCUGUGGAGUAUCAUGAAACCGGAAAGCUCAAUUCAUUCACUGACCCAGUGACCUCACGACAAAAGAGAGCACUUCAAGUGGCGAACAUUUCACAAUAUACUGAACAUUCUGCACAGAACCUUUUAGAUUCUUUACCAUUAACGAAUCAGGAGACUCCUCAACGGCAUACACAGAAUGGGAAAUCGUUAGCACAAACCAGGAAAUCAUUGGAUAUCCCAUUAAGGUUAUACAGAGAUUCAUCACGAUCUCCGUAUGCAGGAAAUGAACCAGAAUUAGAAGUAAUAUGGACUAAACAGAACGAAAACGAACGAAAGCAUAAAGGCCUAAAUGGAACUAUACCCUUGGUAACUGACACACCCAAAGCAAGCAUGGAUGUUAAGGUGUGUGCAGAAUUCGAAAGGGAAUGUGACGAUUGUCAGGAACAGACGCCAGAGAACUUAGAGAAAAGACGCAGACAUGCUGAACCAUUCCCAUAUUGUGUUUAUGUCACCCGCUAUCCUAAAACUGCAUUCGGUCUUACAUUGGGAGGACAUAUUCUUAUGAUGGUCAUCUUUGGAGUGUUAUAUAUGACAGGGGUCAAUGUCAUGCCCUACGACUUCAACCACCUCCCCAUGAAUAUGACCACAUCUGAGAGACUCCGUUGGGAAGCUUGGAAAAACAGAAAUGACGACCCAGAUAUUAUCAAAAGAUGGAAUUCGGUAGAUCUCCAGUCCAAAUGGCCGAGGAUGACACCAUUUGACCGAUUCGAUAUUUACUACCAACUAGACUCAGGAAAUAUAUUCACAAAGGAAAACCUGGAAAAAAUUGCAAAUUUUGAGAAAAAAUUAGAAUCUCAGAGCAAUUAUCACCGAUAUUGCCAUCUCCGCAAUAGGAAUUCAGAUGAUUGCACAAAACCAGUAUCAGUUAUUCAGUAUUUUGAUGGAACAUAUGCCAGAUUGGAUGAUAUUUAUAAUGAUACAGGGUAUAAUAAUAUCCCCCAAGUGAUAUUUGCAGCUAGUGGAAAUCCAAUGCUAGCAGACAUGGUGGAUUAUCAUCUCACGAAGGAUGUCAUAUUGACCAAUCAAACAGUAUACUCAGAUGUCACUAGGUCGGGUUUCUUACUUGGGUUCCCAUUGGUCAAUGCCUCUGACCAAUCAGAACUUGAUAUGCUUGAUGAAAUAGAUGUAUUUCUCAAUGGAAAUUUCCGUCCAAAACUCAUGGAACUUUCCGCUGACCUUAAACCUAUUAAAGUGCUAUAUGCAAGUCAAAGGAUAUUCAUGUAUGAUCUAAUUCCUCAAGCCUUCAAAGACAUGGGCUUGGCAGUUGGAAGUUUUGUCUUCAUAUUCGCAUUCAUCUGGAUCAUGACAAGAUCUUUAUGGAUUACUUCACUAGCCGUUUUCAGUGUAAUCUCGAGCUUUGUUGGAACAAUUCUCAUCUAUACACUCAUCCUCGAUUUCAGAUAUUUUGGAUAUUUCCACAUUUUCUCAAUCUACAUCAUCCUAGGCAUAGGUGCCGAUGAUUUCUUUGUGUUCUACAACACAUGGAUCGCAUCAGGAGCACAUACAUAUAAAAGUAUCGCCCACAGAUUAAGCUAUACAUACAGACGAGCUGCCAAAGCAAUGUUCUUCACGUCAAUUACAACAUCGGUUGCAUUUUUGGCAAAUGGAUUAUCACCACUAUUAUGUAUCAACUCAUUUGGAAUCUUCUCUGGAAUCCUUAUACUUGUGAAUUAUAUAUCUGUCAUUGUGUUCUUUCCAACAGUGGUCAUCAUACAUGAUAUGUACUUCAAAGACAUCACAUGGAAACAUAUAUGUUGUUCUUGGAGAAAGAAAUCUACCCCAGCUGACAAACACACUACGGCUACUAUGGACAGAAGUACCCCAACAAACAACCAUAGUAAUACCCCCUCAAACAACCAAUCCAACGCAGGAAACCACCAAACCACCAUUGCAGAGGAUGACCCUAAAGGUACUACUGAUGCGGCAAAUACACAUAGAAUACACCUAGACGAGCCCAGCAGUCCUAAAGAAUACAAAGAAACUGAUAUCCUCCACAAUGCGGAUACCAUAGAAACAUCUAAGAAGACUCAGACACAUCGCAUCACAAAGUUCUUCUCUGGACCAUAUUUUCGAGUUGUCACACAUAGAAUUUGGCGCUGGGUUAUCCUAGCCUGCUUCGUUGUAGUGUUUGGAGUGCUGCUGUACUUUGCCACAACCAUCCAAAUCGACUCCAAACAGUUUAAAAUCUACAAGGACACCACAAAUUAUGGUCAAGUAGACCACCUCCACUAUAACGUCUUCAAAAUGGACAGAAAUAGCGUAGAAUAUGUUGACAUUUACCUUAUAUGGGGAAUGAAAGAGAGGGACCUGUCAUCUUGCCAUCAUUCCGACUUCCACUGUAUUGGAGAACAGAGAUGGGAUCAGUCAUUUGAUAUUAAUCAGCCCAGGCACCAAAUAGCUUUCAAGGUCUUAUGUGAUGACCUGCAUAAUCUCACUGAUGAUGUCACGUCAAAACUCCAUAUAAGGAAAGACAAAGAUGGCCGACCUGAAAUAAACUGUUUCAUCACACCAAUGGAGAAUUAUUUUAACGAACAAAAAUCAAAGAUUGAUUCACAGAAGCUACAGUUACCAUAUAAGGAAAACAAUAUGGCGAACUUCAUGACAAGAAACUCACAUAUCUACAAAAAUAAUACAUCAAAAUUGUUCAAUAAUUAUUUUGAGAUUGGAGUUAACUACUGGUUGUCAGGAGGUUAUUCUAUGACAUCACCAGACUACGCCAUCUAUAAUGACUUGCUAGGAGAGAUGUGGAAUAAUCCAUUUACAACCAUGACCAAAAUAAAACCCCAGGGAAACAACACAGAUUUCAAGGGACCUUACUAUGGGACGAGGAUGCAGUAUAUUGGAGUAAAGAUUAAAACAGAUAUAUACAGGAGACAUAUGGGGCCUAAUGAAGGUUUGAAGAUUAUGAAAGAUUGGGAUGACUACAUGGAAGAAAAGACCCUGAAUCUGCCAAAUCAAUUGAAACAUGGUUUUCAUACAUCAGAAUGGUGGCAAGAUAUCAAAGUCUUACAGAGGCUGACCAAUGAUGCUAUGAUCGGGAUAUCUGCGGGUAUAACCAUGUCAUUUCCAAUACUCCUCGUGGCCACAAUGAAUGUUAUAUUAGCACUACUGGGCACUCUGGUCCUAGCGAUGAUCACGGCAUGUACAUUGGCAGUUAUACCACUGGCUGGUUGGAAACUUGGGGUAUUGAUCUCCAUGAAUCUAUGUCUAUUGGUGGGCCUUACAAUUGAUUAUGUCGUCCACUUUGCCGCAGCCUACCAUCACUCCACUAAAGCACACCGGAAGGGACGCGUUUUCGACGCACUUGAAUCGAUGGGAAUAUCAAUACUUUACGGGGCAUGCACAACCAUGGGUGCUGCCCUCUUUAUGUGUUUUGGACAGAUGCAGUUUUUCUUACAAUUCGGGACAUUUAUAUUCAGCACGAUAGGGUUCUCAUUGAUAUUUUCGCUAGGCUUUUUCCCAGUUUUGUUAAGCUUAAUCGGCCCACAGGGUCACUUUGGUUCACUAUGGCCUCUCGUUAGAUGUGUCUCAAAGAUUUUAUGUGGUGAGAAAAAGCCUAAGGUAUACUGUCAAACAUGUGGGCGACAUUUGGUAAAUGAAAAUUCAAAGUAUGGAUGACGAAACUCGUGAUGAAAUUUUUAUGUACUAAUAACUGUAAUAAAACUCUUCUUAAACAUGUUCUUCAGGUUGGAUUAUUAAAUCACAAAAAUAUUUUUUUCUUCUUUUCACAACCUUUAUUUUA